AUGACACAAGCAAUUGAAACAACAGAAUCAGAUAAAGUAGCAGUUGUAUUGAGUUCCGCGUUAAGAACCACAGUUUUUGAACAAUAUUUAUCAGGACACAAGACUGAUGAAGAAUCAUUACAAGAUUAUAAAAACAGAACCACAAAAUUUAAAGAUACAGGUGCUAUCCUACUUGAAAACAAUGAUUUUAAUUCAGUAGCUAUUUGGUUACCACCAAAUUAUAUUAUGCCAUCAUCAAUUUUCGAUCCAAGUGAACGUCAAGCAGAAGUUAAAAGUAAAUUUGCAACAGUUGCCAAAAAACAUGGAUUAGAUUCAACUCCACAUUGGGAAUUAAUGUUUAUAGGUAAAGAUCCAAAAGAGAAUAAAGGUUCAAUCAGACCAUUAUUUGAUCGUUUCUUGAAACAAGCUAAAAUUGAUGGGAUACCUGCUAUUCUUUAUGCAAUUUCUGAACAUGCAAUGUCAAGAUAUCGUCAUAUAGGGUUUGAAGUAUUGGAUAUAGUUAUUGUUGGUGAAGGUGUUGUUGAUAAAGAAGGAAAAGAGGAUAAGAAUGGUGAAGGAUUAAAAGUUUGGUUGAUGGCUUAUAAUUACCAAAAAUGA